AGUUUCUUCAUUCUAACACCACUCCUCAUAAGUGGGCUUUUGGAGCAAUUGCUGAGCUAGUGGAUAAUGUUGUUGAUGAGAUCCAAAAUGGUGCGACUUUUGUUAAGGUUGGCAAGCUUAAGAACAAGAAGAAUAAUUCACCACUUUCUAGAUGAUGGCGGUGGAAUGGAUCCCAACUCACUACGGAAGUGCAUGAGCUUGGGUUAUUCUUCAAAGAAGUCGAAGACAACAAUUGGACAGUAUGGAAAUGGAUACAAGACUAGUACUAUGAGACUAGGUGUUGAUGCUAUUGUUUUUAGCUGCGCUGCACAUUUGGGUCGGGCAACACAAAGUGUAGGUCUACUAUCCUAUACCUUUUUGAGGAAAACUGGGAAAGAUGAUGUAAUCAUUCCAAUGAUAUAUUUUGACAUAUUUGGCCAUUGGCCUGAGCCAAUUGUUUAUGGCUCACUGGACGAUUGGUCAUCAAACUUGAAAACAAUUCUUGAUUGGUCUCCUUUCACAUCCAAGGAUGAGCUCAUGCUUCAGUUUGAGGAUAUAGGAUCACAUGGAACCAAGAUCUUAAUAUAUAACUUGUGGUUGAAUGAUGAAGGAAUAUAUGAAUUGAGUUUUGAUGAUGAUGCUGAGGAUAUCAUGCUGAGAGAUGAGGCCAAGCAUGCAAAUGGACCGAAGUUGAACAAGAAAGUUGUCCAGCUUCAGUCACAUAUUUCGUACCGCAUCCGUUGUUCUUUACGGGUACAUGUUUCACUUUUGUAUCUUAGAAAAUUUCCGAACUUCAAAAUCAUACUAAGAGGAAAACCUGUGGACCAUGUUGACAUUACGGAUGAGUUAAAACAUUCGGAAGUUAUUAAUUACAAGCCCCAGCUGGCUGCGGCACAUGUGGCUACGGUGGAGACGACCAUUAAAUUUAUAAAGGAGUUUCCUGCUAUUAAUGUUUUUGGGUUUAAUGUAUACCAAAAAAAUCGCCUAAUCAAGCCAUUUUGGAAAGUAAGCCCAGAUGGUGCAUCUAAAGGGAAUGGUGUUGUUGGAGUUCUUGAAGCCAAUUUUAUAGAACUUGCACAUGACAAGCAAGAUUUUGAGAGAUCACUGUUGUUCAUACGGCUAGAAGGGAAGCUGAAACAAUUGAUAAACAAUUACUGGAAGGGUCAUUGUCAGUUAGUUGGAUAUCAGCUUAUAGGUUACAUGCCACUUGUGCAAAAGGAAGCCCAAAUUCGACAAUCAGCUGGGCAUUUAACUAAUUCACAAAAUGAGUCUCUUGCUGAUCCACAAGAAAUUUGGUCAGCAGCCAAGCACCAACAAGUUUUGAAUUUAGAUGAGCCAAAUGAGGGUUUUCAUGAACCGACACGAAAGGUUUCUGGAUUUGAUCGAGAGCUAUUGGAGACUUUGCAGAAUCACUUAGACCCCAUGCAACUGCCAGACUUUAUUCGGUGGCGUAUCCAAGCGGCAAUGCCCGUUGUUGUGUUGGUAAAGUUGCUUCGAUCUGGUUCAGAGAGCACCGUUAUCAGUGCGUUAAAUGCGUUUCUGGUUUUGGAAAGUGAUGAUGGAACUAAUGCAGAAUCUAAGGACAGGAGAGAAAUGCCACAAAAACUGAAAAAAUCUAAAACUUGCUUCCUUCUAGCAACUCAAGUUUGCUCCAGUUGA